AUGGAAAAUAUGCUCAUUAAGGAUAAACUUGUUAUUAAUAUUGAUUCUAUUGCAAACAUUUCUACUGAUGAUGAUUUUGAUGAUGCUGGUUUAAACGAUGAUAGCAAUGUUGAUUUAGAUGAUGACGAUGAUGACAACGACAACGACAACGAUGAUGAUGAUGAUGAUGAUGAUGAUGAUGAUGAGGGGGAAAGAAACAAUAUUGAUGAUGGUUUUGUUGAGGUAAAUUUGAAUGUCCCAUGUCUUGAAAAUAGAACUUUUGAUGAUUCCUUUGACGAUGCAUACAUAUGUAAUGUUCCUGAUGCUAGUUCUGCACCUCACACUCUUGAAGAUAACCAUUUACCACUUCCUCAUGCAUCCCCUAGUGAUCAUUGUAAUGAAAGAAGUCAUGUUAGUAGUACACCAAGCUCAAAUGCAACAAGUAUUGAUGAAGAUGUUUUUUGUGUUGGUCAAUAUUUUGUGGAUAAGAAAGAGUUGAAGAUGAAAGUACACAUGCUUGCUAUACGACAAAACUUUGAAUUCAAAGUGAAAAAAUCAAAUAAGAAAUUAGUGGUUUUGGUUUGUGUUGACCCCAAUUGUAAGUGGAGAAUUCGUGCGACAAAGACAUGUGCAACAGGUUUGUUUGUUAUUCGCAAGCAUUGUAAUGAACACACUUGUUCUUUAGAAAUGCGACAAAAUCAUCAUCGGCAAGCAACUUGUUCUAUUAUUGCAGAGCACUUGAAAGCGAGAUAUGAAGGUGUGAAAAAAGGCCCAAAUCCAGCACAAAUAGUUAAUGAGAGGAACAAGAAUCUUGGUGUAAAGUGUAGUUAUUGGAAGGCAUGGAAGGCAAGAAAGUGCGCACAUGAACUUAUAAGGGGUUCAGCAGCAAACAGUUAUCCAAAACUCCCCUCUUACUUGUACAUGGUCCAAAAGUCUAAUCUUGAUGGAAAUUUUCAAAUUUAUCCUCUUGCUUUUGGUAUUGUUGAUUCUGAGAAUGAUGCAUCUUGGAAUUGGUUUUUGACAUGCUUACGAGAUCAAGUGCCUGAUACUACUGAUUUAGUGUUUAUAUCUGAUAGACACAAAAGCAUUAUAAAGGGAGUUCGAAAUGUAUAUAAAAAUGCUUACCAUGGAGCUUGUAUGUGGCAUCUUGGACAAAAUAUAAAGACAAAAUUUAGUGGUAAAGGUUUGAAAAAGUUGUUUGAGAAGACGGCAAAAGCGUACAGAGUUUCAGAGUUCACAAAGUUAUUUGCUGAGAUUUCUACAAAAAAACCAAGUCUGGCAACAUACCUGAAGAAUGCAUCUUUUGAAAGCUGGUCCAGAUGUCAUUUCCAUGGUAAUCGAUACAACAUCAUGACCACCAACAAUUCAGAGUCAUUGAACCAAGUUUUUAGAGAAGCUCGAGAAUGGCCCAUCAUUCCUUUAUUGGAGGAAAUUAUCACUACACUCUCCAGAUGGUUCUAUGAGAGAAGGACAAAUGCAAAUUCUUGUCCAACACCACUUACAGUUGACGUAGAAGAUAUAAUGAGACAAAGAUACGAACAAUCAAGGUACAUGAGAGUUACACCCAUUAAUAUAAGUGAGUUCCAUGUUAAAGGUGAGCCACUAGACGGUCUAGUUAAUAUUGAGGAACAUUCUUGUACAUGUCGAGAGUUUGACAUUGAUAAGAUUCCAUGUAUUCAUGGCAUCACUGCAGCAAUGCAUCGUGGAGUAGAUGUUUAUAGUCUAUGCUCAAAAUUCUACACGACUGAAUUUUGGAGGAUGGCUUAUGCAGAAUCUAUUUACCCUUUACCACCUGAAAUAGAAUGGCUUAUUCCAGAAGAGGUUAAGUCUCAAGUCGUUAUCAAACCAAUUAAGUUAAUUCCCCCAGGGAGACCAAAGAAUAAACGAAUUCCUUCGAGAGGAGAGUUUCCAAAGGAGAAGAGUAAUUCUGCACCUGAAUCGUCAUCAAAGAAAGUAAAGGGUAAGGUUUCUGAUGUUGAUGGGGGAAAAAGCAACGGAAGUGUUCCAAUUGUGGAUGUUAUGGGCACAACAAAACCACAUGCAAGAAGUGAUUAUAUUUCAAUUUAUUUUGGACUUGGUUUGAUGUGUUAA